AUGCUCCGGCUACUGACCGGCUGCUGUUCUCGUCUAAAGGCAACUGAAGAGCCGCGAAGGUAUGCAACCGUCGCCAUAGUGGGACUGGACAGCUCAGGCAAGACUCUUCUUGCGGAGGCAUUCCAGAGAUUCCUCCCCAGUAGGACAGACAGUUCUGUGAAACCUGAGAUGACCACACUCCUGCUGGAUAAUUAUGACGUUUCCAUCUACGACCUGAAUGGAGACAGGAAGAGCCAAGGAAUCUGGCCCAACUACUAUGCUCGGGCACAUGGGCUGGUUUUUGUUCUGGAUUCCAGUAACUUAAGGCGCAUUCAGGAAGCGAGGGUCAUCUUAACCCGCCUGCUGUCUGAUAGAAGAGUUUCCGGGAAACCCAUUCUACUCCUGGCCAACAAGCAAGACAAGAAAGACGCUCUGCUACCUUGUGAUAUUGUUAAAUAUCUGCUGCUGGAAAAGCUAAUGAGCAAGAGCAAGUCCAUGUGCCGAGUGGAACCCUGUUCAGCCAUCAAAAACCUCCAAAGAGGGAACCAACAGCCUAUAAUUGAAGGCCUGCGCUGGCUGUUAUCUGCCAUUGGGGAUACAUAUGAAGAGCUGUGUACUCCCCAAGAGCCACCCCCAUCGAGAAUCCCAGCCUCUAAGGGCACCAGAGGCUUUGGGGAAAGAUGCUCAUCAGACAGCGUUGCUACCAGGAUGCAAAUGUCCAAAGAAAAAGGACAGCAUCUAGAACAACAGUCAAUGGCACCUAGGCCUCUAAAGUCAAUCCUAUACAAAGGAGAUAUAAGAACAAGACCUAAAAAGAACUUAUCAGUAACAUUUGCUUUAGACGAACCCAUGGAGAAGGGUGAAUGUUCUCGGGGGCGAUGGUGCAUGUAA